AUGUCCAGGCAGCUGGAUCGCCAGACGAAGGAGCAGUGGGAGACAUCCCUAGGCGCCACACGCGAGUAUCCGCGAUUCGACCAGCUCGAGCAAUUCCUCACCUCUCGAGCACGGGCACUCGAGAGGAUUGAGUCUACGGCCAGCUCUGGAAGCUCGGCAGGGGCUGCUUCAACAGCACGGCGCUCCUCGACGGCUCGUCAUGCGGCAGCUCAACCGGCACGCACUACGACAUCAGACGGCUCAACGGUGUACCCGUGCGACUGCUGCAACGGCACGCACUUCGUGGUGACGUGCCUUAAAUUCAGGGAACUUUCACCGGGCGAUCGACAAAAAGCUCACGGGGGUGCAAGAAGUGCACCAACCGACAUCAUACGAUGCUGCAUGAGGCACAUCAGACCGACUCAUCAGCGAAGCCAACCACCAGCUCAGCCUCAGCAUCCCAAUAGGACAAUGGUGCAAUCGUCGCUCACUCAUCUUUGGCCCACUCAUCACACUCAACAUUACUCGCUACGGCCCUGGCUCAGAUCAGCUCAUCGGUUAAUACUCAGCACGUAUGGCUUCUCAUCGAUACAGCUCAACAUUCUUCGUCAUCAUUCUGUCAUUCUCAUUACCGGAAUUGGUGGCGGAAAGUCCACGCAAACUCGAGGAGUUGCAUUCCUCAAGCUCCGCUCACUUCGCUCAAGAUCAGACGUCAUUAUUCAAGCUUACAUUCUGAAGACGUUAACAAACAUCCUACCAUCAUUCAACGCUGCACCCCAGGAAUGGCCGCAUCUCACCAAGUUAACCUUGGCUGAUCCAGAUUUUCUGACACCACGGCCAGUGGAUAUUAUCAUUGGAGCUGACUCAUAUGGGCAGAUCAUCAAGCCCAACAUCAUUAAACGAGAUACAUUGAUGCCAAUUGCGCAGCUCUCAAUUUUCGGAUGGCUCGUUCUCGGACCUGUCGACACAUCAUCAUUGGCAUCUGCUGCAGUGCAUCAUGCAUCGAUUCAGGAGAGGGAACAUGCUCUCGACGAGUUACUGUCGAGAUUUUGGACACAGGAAGAAGUGCCUGCGAGCAACAAUCUUGAUCUUACUUCUGACGAGCAAAGAUGUAAAGAACAUUUCAAGAGUACUGUUUCACGGUACUCAACAGGUCGAUACACAGUUCGACUUCCACUAAAAUCAUCACCUGAUACUCUUGGCGAUUCGUAUCUCACUGCGCAUCGAUGUUUGCAAAGUUUACAAAGAAGACUCUCCCGAGAUGACAACUAUCGACGUCUGUAUCAUCAAUUUAUGACAGAAUAUCGAGAUUUCAAUCACAUGAAGAAAGCUUCACCCGUUUCCAGUCAGCACACGCAAUAUUAUUUGCCACAUCACGGAGUGCUCAAACCAUACAGUGCAACCACGAAAUUACGUGUGGUAUUCAAUGGCUCGAGCGCAUCUACAUCUGGCCGCUCACUUAAUGAUUUCAUGCACACGGGAGCCAAGUUGCAUUUAGACGUCACUGAUGUCUUGCUCUGGAUUCGACAAUUUCGACACCUAGUUGCCACGGACAUCACCAAGAUGUAUAGACAGAUCAACGUGUAUAAGGAUGACUGGAAUUUACAAAGGAUUCUAUGGAUCGACGAACUGCUCAAUGAAGUGGCAUAUUAUCUAACCACGGUCACGUAUGACACCAAGGCUGCCCCGUUCUUGACAGUACAAACGCUGCUGCAACUGGCGGAGGACGAAAGCCAUAAUUUUCCUCUUGCAGUGCCGUCCAUCCUUCAAGGUCGAUACGUCGACGACAGCUUUGGAGGCGCUGACACUGUCCAACAGCUAAUCAAAAUUGCAUUGCAACUAAAGAACUUGUGCAUGGCGGGCGGUUUUCCAUUGGCCAAGUGGCACGCGACUCAUCCAGACGUGCUCACUGAGGUUCAAGCAGAAAAGACCAGGGCUCACAAAUUACAUUUGACGAUUGCGUUACCAAAAUACUCGGAUUACGAUGGCUUCCUCAAGAAGAUUCAUUCGCAUUCUCAACAAGGAUCUCGUCGCACACCGAUCAUCUCACCAAACGCCUCGUUUUGUUUGAAGUGGCUCAGAUAUUUGAUCCACUAG